AAAUCUGGUCCGCAAAAUGUGGCAGUUAAAACAGGUACUAAAAUACGCGGCCGCGCUUUUUGCCACUUAUUCUGCCGUUAAUUUUAAAGUAAAACAGGCGGUAAAUGACGCGGCCGCGCUUUUCUUCCGCAGAAGAUUUUCGAAAAACAACGGCAUGUGGCCAAGGGCGCAGUGUUCUGGUCUGCAAAUUAGAGCCCUGGAACACUAGAACGGAAUUCUUAGAAAGUUACUUCUCAGAACUCACAGAAAAUGGCAGCUGCAGCUGGAAGCUUUGAAAAGGUGAAAACUUUCCUUGAGUCCAGAGGUAUAGAGUAUUUGUUGAAUUCGUUCAUCCUGAACAAAAUUGACGAUAAUGUGGCUCCUCAAGUUGAACAACAAAAGCUUGUGGAGCUAGGGUUGGCGUAUGGAGAUAUAUUAUCAUAUCGGCUGAUAUUUGCACUCCCUGUGGUUGAAGAGAAGUCCUAUCAUGAAAAGGCAGAUGAACUAAGAAAAAUAUUGAAAAGAGCCCACUCUGGGAAAGGUCACUCUCUGGAGCAAGAUUUCAUUGAUAUAGAAACAUAUGGUUUGAGUUGUAGAGACAAAAAAAAAGGAAUACAAGUAUAUUUAUACUAUCCUAAAUCAUUUGCGAAGUUGGAGUUUUCAAAGUUGUGCAAUAAGUCAUAUUCAAGCAUGUUUGAAUUAGAUACAGAAAUUAUUGGACCAGAAGAAACAGUAAUAUCAUCUGCAUGGGCAGAAGGUACCUCAACAAUUACUGUGCCACCCAGCUUACCAGGAUCGAAUUUUGUUGACAGAAGUAUAUGCAGUGUUUGUUCUUGUACGUAUAUUGGUAGCUGUCUACGCUGUGAGCAAAAUGAAAGUUACACAGCAACUUUGCUAGCAGAUCAAACAGACAACAUGACAGAGGAUACUUUUUUAGCAUCACCCGAUCCAGAUGCUGUGACAAAUACUGCCAAAACUGACAUAGAUGUAAACAUAGAAAAUUCUACUCUUCGUGAUUUGAGAUUGAGACAUUUUUCAAGAAACACACAAAAACCAGUGAGAUAUAGACAUUCAAUUGGCUCACCCUCAUUGUCUCUUCAACUAGAAUCAACAGAGGACAGUUCAGCAUUUGGUGAUGAUGAAGUGAAUCGUUUUAUGGAAAAUUAUGAGACAGAUAAUUUUGAUAAUGCUACUCCACAGUUUGAAGAAACAGAAACUGAUUCUAUCGCAUUUAUGCAAAACUGUGAAAGCUACUUCACCAAUUCACCAAAAGUAAACACAAAGCAUAUCAUCAUACAACGAGAUUCACAGCGUUUUUGGCCUGUAUUAUUACGUCAAAAUUUUGAUCUUUCGUCUGAAAAAAUAGCUAUCAGAUUUGCAGGUGAACCCGGUGCUGAUGCAGGUGGACCGCUGCGCGAAUUUUACUCAUUGUCAAUGAGACGGUUUACCACUAUCCCUGGGGUAUUUUUCGGAGAUGACAAAGGAAUUUGUUUCAAAUUAAUGCCAGAUGGUGUAUUAAAAAAAGUAUAUUACAAGCUUGGGCAGUUAACAGGUGCAUCUAUUAUACAUGUUGGAAGAGGUCCCGAAUGUUUCUCUGAGCUCAUUUUCAAUGCAUUGUAUGAUUUGCCAUAUCCUGAUAAAAUAACACCAAUAAAUGAUGCAGAAUUCAAGUAUAAAUUGGAUAAAAUUGAGAGUGGCGAGAAUGAAGAUCUACUUGAUUUGAACAUUGUUCCUGUACCUGAUAUCGAACAGAACAAGCAAGUUUUUUCAAUCAGUUAUUUAGUGAUGAAAAAUCGUGCCGCAAUAUCACAAUUUGGAGAAGGACUAAAAAGUAUAUGUCCAGAAUUUAUGUUACAAUCCAAUUGUCACACUAUGAAAGCUUUUUUAUUGCCAGAUGAAAAGAUCUUAACUCUUGAUGAGCUUCUUGUUAUUCUAUGCUUUCACAACGUCGAAGAAAUUGGUUCUAAUUUACACCGUGAUAUUUCCAAUGCCAUUUGUGACUGUGAGCUGUUUUUAGCUGAUGUUGCUAAUGGAAACUAUGAUGAGAUAUCUCUUAAAGACAUACUGUUUUUAUUCACUGGAAUGGAUAAAAUUCCCAGAAAGGGUUUGGAUAAAAACAUUGAUAUUUUUUUUAACUGUGAUUUCAACUUUCCAAAAAUUUCUACAUGUGGACUUAAUGCCACUCUACCAACAAAAAAAGUUGAGCAUAAUCUGAAGAUUGCUGCUAAAUUCGGAGGGACUGGAUUUGGUGUUGUUUAAAAUAUUCAUGUUUUGUAUCAUAUAUUAUUGAAAAAAUGUUUUUAGUCUUUUUUUAAAUGAAAAUUUUGUUAUCAAGUUUUUUGGUAAUCACUUUUUUAGGACUUUUUAGUGUAACCUUAUAACCC